AUGAUUGCUACCCAGCGCGCCUCAGAAGCUAUACCACUCGGCAGCUCAGUGCCUGCGCUGACGCCGCACGCUAUUUCCGUGUCGCUGCCGACAUGGCGGGACAACGUCGGGUAUGAGGAGGGGGACAAGCGGGUCGUGGAUCGGAUGGAGACGGGGUAUCCGAGGUUCUUUAUUCAUCGCAGUAUACAGAAGCUUGCCGCGCUCUGCGUUGCCAAAUUCGGUCGCCCGGACGAGCUCUGCAUCCUCCUCCCCUCACCUCAGGUCGCCGCGGAGGGCCGUGACUUUCUCGCCAAUCAGAAACCCUCGCUCCCCGCUCGGAUCGUCGAGUUUGUCAUCUGCCCUUCCCUCACUCUCCCUUCGAGUCCUACCACUCCCCUGGACAGCUCGGUAUCUUCCCUGUCCAUCUCGGAUGCCGCACCGGCGACCGGCGUCGACCUGAUCGAGCUUCAGAUUCUCCUCUUUGACAAGGCGCACUGGGCAUUCGCCAAGGCGUUCUGGCAACAUACUGGCGAUGGCAUUUCCUCGCGAACGGCGGAGCGGGCAUUAUCUUUCCUUGGCGAAGCUCCUGCUGGAGUCGCGCCAGACCCAGCGACCGGAGCUGCGCUGGAGAAGCAGGGCAAGAACGCCACUAUCAAUUGGAAGAACAACCGGCAUUACGGCCGAAAGACCCCAUCCAUAUCCACCCCAUCUUCGUCUACCCCCUCUUUCACUCCUGCUCCACAGCGUCCGGACCCACCCAAGCGGCCGGUCGAGGAACGGAUUGCGGAUGAAAAUCUCACGCCUGAUCUCACCACGUAUCUCGAGGAGCGGUAUGGCCGGAAUUUACCUCUCUUCAAUGCGCAUCUCGCGAAGCAUGCGCUGAAGAGGCGGAUAGCGGGAGGUUUGCUACCAAGCGAUGAGGGCUUCGGAGCAGUAGCGGAUAUACAGCGAGGUGGCGGGGAUGGAAAGAAGGCGGUCAGGGAGGAGGAUGUGUAUCUGUACCCGACGGGGAUGAGCGCUAUCUGGCACGCGCAUGAUAUCGUGCGGAGGGCGAGAAGAGCAGAAGGCAAGCCGGAAGGGGAAAGCGUCUGCUACGGGUUUCCAUAUACCGACACACUCAAAAUCCUACAAAAGUGGGGCGACGGCUGUCACUUCCUCGGUCGAGGCGGUCCCGACGAUGUCGACGCACUGGCCGAGGUAUGCGCCAAGGCGGAAACACCCAUCCUCUCGCUCUUCUGCGAAUUCCCCUCCAACCCUCUUCUCACCAGUCCGGAUCUCGUGCGCUUGCGGAAACUGGCGGACCAGUACGGCUUUGCCAUCGUGAUCGACGAGACUAUUGGAAACUUUAUCAACGUCGAGGUGGUACAAUUUGCGGAUGUGGUGGUCAGCAGUCUAUCCAAGAUCUUCAGUGGGGAUGCGAACGUUAUGGGUGGAAGUCUCGUCCUCAAUCCCAACGGUCCACUAUACACCAAGCUUCAGACGGUCAUGACCUCAUCAUACGAGGACAAUUACUUCCCCGAAGACUCGGUCUACAUGGAGCGUAACUCCCGGGACUACCGCGGUCGGAUCAAGCGGAUCAACGACAACACCUACGCCCUAACCUCCUUACUCCACUCCCGCUCCCUCCGCGAUGACUCCUCCUCUUCCACCGGCAAAGCCGUCAAACGCGUCUACUAUCCCCGCUAUCAGACGCCCGAGAUCUUCCACCAGGCGCGGCGGACCCCUACGCUAGGUGAAGGCGGAUACGGCGGGCUGUUCAGCUUGACGUUCACAUCGGCCAAGGCGAGCGAGGCGUUCUUUGACAAUCUGCAAUGUGCCAAGGGCCCGAGUUUGGGGACGGCGUUCACGCUGGCCUGUCCUUAUACCAUUCUGGCGCACUACUUUGAGCUGGACUGGGCGGCUGGGUAUGGGGUCGAGGCGAAUCUGGUCAGGGUCAGCGUGGGCGAAGAGGAUAUCGAGACAUUGAAGGAGUGGUUUGGGGCAGCUGUGGAUGCGGCUGAGGCGGCAGUUGGGGAUGCAUGA